AUGCAGACAGAGAGGCAUUGGUCGUCUAUAGUCGCUGCGAACGGCGAUAUAAUCAAGUUCACGUUUACGACCGGCUAUCAUCGUGUUCUUGCCUCAUCCUUCAUCAGUCCAUGUACACCCAGCGGCGGUUUUGACAGUGGCGGUCAGACAGUUCCUGAGGGCACCGCUGUUAAUGCUUCCGGUCUACCCACCGUGAGCCUUCAGGUGAACAGCACCGGUCCUCUAUGGUAUGCUCAACGUGCAGAUGGCCGACAAUGCAAUAAAGGCGGGGUACUCUCCAUCAACCCUACUGUAUCCCAAACGACGGCCCAGUUCAUCGCCAACGCGAUAUCGAGUGCUGGGUCAGGCGACUUGUCGAGCACCACCACUUCUCACCCAGCUAACUGCUAUUCCACGCCCGUGUCAAAUGUAACGUUGCAAACAACUGCGGGGCUUGGGCUCACCGAUGUGAUGUGUCGGCCUCUUCGUAUGCAUAAGAGCGACGUUACGUGUUUUUAUGUAGAUUUAUCCUUGGGAACUUCGUUUGUAUGAUGUAUACCGGUCUUUGGAUUGAGAUCGUCUUGUGUUCAGUCAAGCCUUUAGAAACUACGAUAUUUAGGAUGUCUUCUGAGCUGGUACCAUUUCACGCGUAUAAUUAAAGGGUUUGGGGUGGUUCUUCAUGUUACAUAGUCCAGUCAAUGCCAUACCCAAUCUGUUCGAA